GGCAAUUAGCAGAUAUCAAUCAGUCAGCAGUUCUACCCUUGUCAAAGCAGCUAUGGCCCUCCCUAUGCCUGAGCCCAGUGUGCCACCACUGCCACUUCUCCAAUACAAAGUUCUCUCCUUCGAUGUGUACGGCAGCCUGAUCGAAUACAAAGCUCACAUUCUGGAAUCAUUUCAACCCCUCCUCUCCCGUCUGCCAGAGUCGUCGCCCUUUCUCGAUUCCACCCCCCUCACCACAACCGUUCCUAACUCCGCCUCCGUGGGCUCCAUCGAGUUUCUAAAGCUGUUCCAGCGCCAAGAAGAUGCCAUCAAGCUAGAGAAGCCAGUGAAACGAUUCGAUGAGAUCCUAGCCGAAAUAUGGAGGCGGAUCGCCAAGGAACUGGGCGUGGAAAGUAGCGAUGAUGAAGCAAAGGAUUUCGGAAGCGAAGCUGUCAUUUCCGGGUGGCCGACUUUCCCGGGAAGCUUGGACGGGCUGAAGAGACUAAGUAAGCACUAUAGGCUUGUGGCCCUCUCGAAUAUCGAUCGAUUUGCAUGGAACAUUACCUCAAACUCGUCGGCAGGUCGUCUUGGAGAGGUGGGCUGGUGGAAAGUUUUCACUGCAGAGGAAUUCGGCGACGAUGCCACCCGCGCGGAUGAUGCAAAGCUAGAGACCCUAAUCCAGUUUUGCACCAAUCACGGCGUCAAGAAAGAGGAAAUCCUUCACGUUGCACAGAGUCUCGGUCAUGAUCAAGCCCCCGCAAAGCGGUUAGGAUUAAGUUCUGUGUGGUUGGUUGGUGAUGGGCCGAGGUGGGGGAAAGAGGCGGAAAGCAAGAUGGCACUCGAAAAGAAGCUGGUCGGAUAUGCAUGGAGGUUCCAGAAUCUCAAAGAGUUCGCAGAUGAGGUGGAGAGAGUGGCGCGAGGUUAAGGGUCGAUGGGCUUGUAAGCCUCGCCGUUGAACCCACUGAUACAGAAGAAAGAGAUACUGAGUUUCUCCUGGGGCGGGCGGAUUUGCUCCUGCUUUGCUCUGGUAGACUUCGGCUAUUGCUAAAGGCGCCAUUGAGAGACAGCACUUCCAGUCUCUUGGUCUUCGGUGCCUGCGUCGUUGUGGCCUUGUGAAUAUCAUUGAAUGUCGACAGCCUAA